AUGGAAAUGAAACUAAAUGCUGAUGAAAAAUGCAUGAUUAUGCUGAAUCGUGACAUGAAGUUACAACAUAUUGUGUAUGCUAUAAUGUUGUACAAUCGUUUAUGUGAAUAUUUACCGGACAGAGCGUUGCACAUUACUGGAAUAAUAAAUAAAGAAUUUGGAACAUUUUAUUCUGGAAUUGAUGUUCGAUCGAUGUUUGAUGUGGUAUCAAGUAGACAAUCAUUAGGUUGGUUUUUUAAUAUUGGUAUUAAAAGUAUGCUUCGAAAGUAUCAAUUGUCAUGUGUUAAUUCAUUUGUAACUACUAUUGAAAUAUUGCCAUUUACAUCAGUGUGUGUUGGAUGCGGCGGUGUUUUAUCCAUCACACCAGACUUUUUUGUUAAUGUAUUUAAACUGGAUAUGGUUGUAAAAGGUGUUUUAUACUUCGAAUAUUGUAAAAAAUGCGGAUAUUCUCAUUAUCCUAAUUCAUAUUCAACAAUAAAACGACAACAUAUCGUUACCUGCGAUGCAUUUAAACAGACGCGAUACUUUUCUGUUGGUGGUAAAAACGUGUAUGAUGUGGCUUUAUUUAUACAUUUCACUCAUCAACUGAUUGUUUGUCGGGCGACGUUUCGCGGUUACACAAGCGCAUAUAACGCUACGAUCUAUGAUUUAUCAAUGAUGCAAGGUGAACGGACGUCGGCAGUACAACAAACUUUUCAACCUGUGGUUUUAGAUCGUCAAAAUUUUCAAUCGGCGUUUUUAGUUUUUGGUAUUUGUCAGUUUAAGUUUUUCAUGAACAAUUCCUGUACGAGUGAAAUUCCAUUUUCGUUAGAUAAAGUGGCGUUGAAACGAUGGUGUGAAGGCAUCAAGAAAGAAAUGUGGAAACUGUUUGUCAUUAUGUGGGGUAACCACAAAGAAACAAGAAAAUGUGGAUCGUCAACGUGUUCUUCUUGCUUUGUUGUCGAUGGACAACAAAAAAUUGACCGACCCAUCUGUCGAUUCAAAAAUGUUAUUAAAGAAAAUUGUGAAUUAGGUGAUGUGUUUGUGGGUUGUGGUGAAACAUCUAUAGCAGGAUCUCAUUUCUGCGAUACUCAUUCGUACAUUGAUGGUACAAGUACCGAAGCAGAUGGAAUGAUUUUAGAGGGAGAUAAUGAUUGCCUGGAUAAUCCUGUUUCUGAUUGUAACAUGUCACGUAUCGAACCAGAAACAAAUGGUAAACGACUGACGAGUUGCGGAGUGCUAGUAUUGUUUUUUCCAUGUGGAAUUAUUGGUCCUUUCACCGAGUUGUACCGAAGUGAAUCGGUACGUAGAUGCUUAUUAUUUUUAUUGGAGACAUUAUAUUUAGUCAAAUUGCUGAUGGGCAUGAUGUAUGAUAACGCGUGCAGUUUGAAAUUAUUCAUCGACAAACAUUUUUAUCAAGAUGAUCACUUCAAAAAAUCAAUUUUUUCUGACCAUAUCAGUCAACUACGUAUGGUAAUUGAUCGAUUUCAUCAAGUUAAUCAUACUCGGCACAUUUGCAAUACUAUCAUGCGCGCUGAACAUGAAAGUCACGGUACAAUGUUUCGUGGUGUAAACAGUGAAAUUGCAGAGCAGAUGUUUUCCUGGUUAAAGGGUUUGUCGACACCAUUGUCCGGUUACUCAAGUUUUAAGUCACAAGUCAUGUUAACAUUGUUAUUUCACUACAAAAACUGUCGAACAAUUAAUGUUUCAGCACAAGAAAUCAGUUUUGGAAGAAAUAUUAUCGAAAAAUAUUUAAACAAAUAA